AUGAGCGGUGUAGUGCGCACCGAGCCGCUGCGCGGGGAGCCUCCUCUGCGGGUGCCCGGCGACGCCUUUUCUGUGGUGUUUCUGCUGCAGGGCUACGCGGAGCCCGAGGGGGUCGGCGACGCCGUGCGCGCCGACGGCUCCGUGACCCUUGUUCUGCCCCAGGCCUGGGGCCCGGCCUCCGGCCACCGAGAACCCCCGCCCGAGGGCUACGAGGCGAAGACCGCCCUGGAGGAGGCGGCCCGUGGCCCCAUCCUCGUGGACACCGCGGGGCCCUGGGCUCGAGAGGCGCUCUUGGGGGCCCUGGCGGGGCAGGGCGUGGCCCCGGGAGAUGUGACUCUGGUGGUGGGGACCCAUGGACACUCGGACCACAUCGGGAACCUGGGGCUGUUUCCCGCGGCGGCCCUGCUGGUCUCGCACGACUUUUGCCUCCCCGGGGGCCGCUACCUCCCCCACGGGCUGGCUGAGGAGCAGCCUCUGCGGUUGGGACCGGGACUCGAGGUGUGGGCCACGCCCGGCCAUGGUGGCCAGCGGGACGUGAGCGUGGUGGUGGCUGGCACGGCCCUGGGUACCGUCAUGGUAGUGGGCGAUGUGUUUGAACGUGAAGGGGACGAGGACUCGUGGCAGGCGCUGAGCGAAGACCCGGUGUCCCAGGAGCACAGCCGGAAGAGGGUCCUAGGCACUGCCGACGUGGUCGUGCCUGGUCACGGAGCCCCCUUUAGGGUGAUCAGGGAAGCCUCGGCGCCAGAGACAGAGGAUCUGGGGAACAGACGGCCAGAUCUCGUGAUCGGAGACAAGGAGCCCACAGUGCACCAAUAA